AUGGCAUUUACUCCAGGUAGCAGAGGCGGUGCCCGUGGUGGCCGUGGAGGCGCUCGUGGCGGCUUCGGUGGAUCUCGUGGUGGUGCUCGUGGUGGUGCUCGUGGUGGAUUCGGAGGUGGAAGUCGUGGUGGAGCCCGUGGUGGAUUUGGAGGUGGACGUGGUGCUCCUCGUGGUGGUGCUCGUGGUGGUGCUCCUCGUGGUGGACGUGGUGGUGCUCGUGGCGGUGCCCGUGGUGGUGCCAAAGUUGUCAUCGAACCUCACAGACAUGCAGGUGUUUUCAUUGCCAGAGGUAAGGAAGACCUUUUGGUCACCAAAAACAUUGCUCCAGGUGAUUCCGUUUAUGGAGAAAAGAGAAUUUCUGUUGAAGAGCCAUCGAAGGAAGAAGGAGUUCCUCCAACCAAAAUUGAAUACAGAGUAUGGAAUCCUUUCAGAUCAAAGUUAGCUGCCGGUGUUAUGGGUGGUUUGGACGAAUUGUUUAUUGCGCCAGGAAAGAAAGUUUUGUAUUUGGGUGCUGCUUCCGGUACCUCGGUUUCCCACGUUGCUGAUGUCGUUGGACCAGAAGGUGUUGUAUACGCCGUUGAGUUUUCUCACAGACCUGGUCGUGAAUUGAUUGGUAUGGCCAAGAAGAGACCUAAUGUUAUCCCUAUUAUCGAAGAUGCUCGUCAUCCACAAAAGUACCGUAUGUUGGUGGGAAUGGUUGACGUUGUUUUCGCAGAUGUCGCCCAACCUGAUCAAGCCAGAAUCAUUGCUUUGAACUCACAUUUAUUCCUGAAAGACCAAGGUGGUGUGGUAAUCUCCAUCAAGGCUAACUGUAUUGACUCCACUGUUGAUGCCGAGACGGUGUUUGCUCGUGAAGUCCAGAAACUUCGUGAAGAACGUAUCAAACCUUUGGAACAACUGACUUUAGAGCCUUACGAAAGAGACCAUUGUAUUGUGGUUGGUAGAUAUAUGAGAAGCGGUUUGUAA